CAGACUGCCCGGCAGAAGGAAGGGUGGCAAAGGUGCCAUGGCCCAGAAGGGCCUGCCGGGAUGCCUGUUGAUCCUCUUUCCUACCUCCACAGCCAUGUCCUAUCCAGUGACCAGUCAGCCUCAGUGUGCCAAUACUUGCUACCAGACACAGCUCAGCGAUUGGCACACAGGCCUCACCGACUGCUGCAACGACAUGCCCGUCUGUCUGUGCGGCACUUUCGCUCCGCUGUGCCUCGCCUGCCGAAUCUCUGACGACUUCGGGGAGUGCUGUUGUGCACCAUACCUACCUGGAGGCUUGCACUCUCUGCGCACGGGCAUGCGGGAGCGCUACCACAUCCAGGGCUCCGUCGGGCACGAUUGGGCUACCCUCACCUUUUGCCUCCCCUGCGCCCUCUGUCAGAUGGCGCGGGAACUGAAGAUCCGCGAGUAAGAACGUCCUCUCCCCUCUCCCGAGUCACGCCUGGCCUCUCAGGAGAUGGGAGGGGGGCACUCCUUGGAAAGCCUGUCCCACUGCCCUUUGCCACCGCCAAAAAGUACACCCACAAUAAAAACCGGA